UUGGAUGUGUAAGACAUGUUCAGGGUUGGCUGCACAUCCCUGUGAAGCCCUGCCUUCUGAGAUGAGUUAUAGCCAUCUGCCGGAUUACAGCCUGUACGCAGCCAGUGAGGCUUUUAUUCUGUGUGAAUGAGGAAAACAUCGCGUCUGGCUGCCUGAAAGCUGUCACAUGGGGCCCAGGAGGGGGAAAAAUCGCUUCCUGAAAUGAUCCUCGUCAAUGACUGUGUAUUGUUUUGUGUUUUUUUUCCUCUCUGAGCAAACAUCGCAUCGUGUUUAAUUUCCCAUCCGGAUCUUUUUUGUGUGUGAGUGUGUGUCGGUGCCGAUGAUGAUCAGCAAAGUUAAAAACGCGAUGUCCACUCUGGUGGGAGGGAUGAUGCCGCACGGACACCACCACCACAACCAUCACUCAGGUGGCGGCCAGAGCUGCGGACCGGACAGCCUGCCGCCGCGCUUCCCCUACGGCCGGCCGGAUUUCUUGGACCUCACCCCGGAGCUCCUGCAGUACUCCACCGAGCACGCAUCACGGCCGGUGCUCACGUUAAAGAGAGACAGCAGGCUUCCCUGGAGGACGGGAUACGCAGAGGUGAUCAAUGCGGGGAAGAGCAUGCUGAACGAAGACCAGGCCUCUUGUGAAAAGCUGUUCGUGAAGAAGCCGAGCGGCAAACACCGCAACUCCACUUUGCAGGAGGACAACGGGGAUGGUACAGGAAUCCCUCUCCACUUCUGGGGCGUGUUUGAUGGACACGCAGGUUCUGGAGCCGCCAUCAUGGCCUCAAAGCUUCUCCACCGCCUCAUCAGAGACCGUCUGGGUGAAAUCUGCCACCUGCUGGAGAACCCCACCAGUGCACCUCCAAUCUGCCUGGCUAAGAACGGCAGCCCGUACCAGGCGGACACAAAGAAGGGGGCCGCACAGGAAUCAGAGGACCCCGAUGCUGUCACUGACUCGUCAGUACGCUUUCACAUGGAGAAAGUUGUCAGUCUGGAGGGCCUGGUGAUGGGAGUCAUAGAGACCGCCUUCUCACAGAUGGAUGACCUAAUUGAAAAGGAGAAAUCAUCGUAUGCCAUCUCUGGAGGCUGCUGUGCCUUAGCUGCCAUUCAUUUAAUGGGGAAACUCUACGUAGCCAAUGCUGGAGAUAGCAGGGCCAUAAUCAUACGAAAUAAUGAAGUUAUUCCCAUGACGAAUGAAUUCACACCUGAGUCCGAGAGACAGCGGCUACAGUACCUGGGCUUCCUGAGGCCGAACCUCCUGGGUAAUGAGUUCACUCACAUUGAGUUCCCUCGUAGGAUCCAGCACAGUGAGCUGGGGAAAAAGAUGCUCUACAGAGACCACACCAUGACUGGCUGGGCUUAUAAGACGAUUGUUGAAGAUGAUCUGAAGUUCCCCCUGAUAUAUGGAGAGGGUAAAAAGGCACGCGUCAUGGCGACAAUCGGAGUGACCCGUGGGCUGGGAGAUCAUGACCUGAAGGUGUACAACUCCAACAUUUACAUCAAGCCCUUCCUCUCGUGCGUGCCUGAGGUGAAGGUUUAUAACGUGGAUGAAAACAAACACGGCCCAGACGACGUCUUGGUCAUGGGCACAGAUGGAUUGUGGGAUGUAACGACGGACAGGGAAGUGGCAGAUGCUGUGUCAGCUUACUUAUCCUGCUGUGACCCCUCUGAUCCCAUGAGGUACACUCUGGCAGCCCAGGACCUGCUGAUGAGGUCACGAGGCGUCCUGAAAGAGCGCGGUUGGCGGUUACCCAACGAAAGACUGGGCUCAGGCGAUGACAUCACAGUGUUUGUCAUCCCACUGGCGGGGCACGAGUCAGAGACAUGACAAGGUGUCGCAGCGACCGCUAUGACAGGGAUGACGCUUCAGGGUCCCUCCCAGGGCCCCUCCCUCCCAGCUCCUUAAACCCUGAACUGACGGAGCAGCGGGAGAAGAAAACACCUUUGUCAUAGAGAGGACUCGGGUCUGAGCAGCACCUUCAUCACCCCCAGACCGGACCCGGCCCCAGCCGCUUUACUUCAACCCAGCCCAGGAUCCCAUAUCGUUUGGUUGGUUUCCAGUCAUGUAACAAAAGAUUUCCAGUGACAUUAUAAAAGAACUCUUCCUCCCAGACCUGCUGUUUGUGACGGUUGCCAGUGAGAAUUAAACCCUUGUAGAGUUUUUGUUUCCUGUUUAUGUUCGAGACCGCUGGACCGCUACUCAAUCCUUUAAACGGAUUGUUCAUUUUCAUGUCAUGCCCUGAAUGUGACUCUUUUGUAAAAAAAGAAAAGAAAAGAAAAGCCUCUCGCAGUUUCACAAUCAUGUUUUAAAGAGGAUUGCAGUAAAGAAUGUGAGGAAACCAAAGAUGCCGUCAUGGCAUUAGGAUGGAAAUCUGUAAAAAAAAAAAAAAAAAAUCAAUACAUAAAAGAUAAACAACAAAACAAAAACAUUAGAUUCAUGUCUGUACAUUAAAGAAGCAUGUCGGAAGUAAAAUCAGAGGAAUGGACCUUUUUCAGCACACAGAACCAGUUGUAUUGAUUUACUUCCUGUGUUAACGAUGAACGAAUGACGUUCGGCACUUGAAGACUGUUGCACAUGCUCUGUGGUAGCCUGUUGAUUUGUGAUAUGUUUUCGUUGAAUGUGCUCAUAGAUUGUUUUAUUUUUGUCAUUAUAAUAAAGAGAACAGAGCGUUACACUCAUGUUCAGUAAAAAACAUAAAGGUAAAGCUUCAUUUGUUUAAUUUAAGUACAUUUUUAUUUUUGAACUCUCAGAGGAGAGUAGAUGUCUCGGUAUAGUAAGAUGUGAUAAACUUCACACAUAUGCCUUACGAAGAGAUGGAGUGUUUUUCUUCAGAUGCACUAAAUUUGAUCCUUUUACAAGAACAUUUUAUGCCCUUAAAUGUACCACCAUACCUCUUUUGUACCAUUUUUUUGUUAUGUCAUGUUGUAAUUUGGAGUAUCAUAUAUAUUUUUAAAGACAACUUUGGUUGUAAAGCAGCAUCAGAAGUCUUAUUUUUUAUGUUUCUA